AAGUGAGUGAGUGACACGUACUUUGUUUCAUUGCCUCUGCACCGAUUUUGAAUUUUACAUUUGACAGAAUUUAUGUACGCCAGUGCAUAACGAGGGCACCACCAGUUUUAUCGAUGGAAAAAGCUAUAAAUGUCUAUGACUGGAAAGUGAGAAGAGGUUAAAUUUAAAUGGAGAGGUUAGUCAAAGUUUGGAAAGUAGGCAGGAUAAGUUACUCCAAAGGAUUAGCUCUUCAGAAUUAUUUGGCAAGUUUACACCUAACAAAAGACGAGCCAAACAACGUUCUGCUUUGUGUUGAGCACGAUCCCGUCUAUACUAUUGGCAUCAGAACGAAACAGUAUUCUGAUGAAGAAGCCAUCAAAUUGAUUCAAAAAGGAGCAGAAUUCUAUAAAACAGACAGGGGCGGUUUAAUAACGUUCCACGGGCCUGGCCAAUUAGUCGUUUAUCCGAUACUAAACUUGAAGCAUUUCAACACAAACAUAAGAUGUUAUGUUUCAAAAAUCGAGAGCACAGUAAUAGAUCUGUGCAAGGAAUUCAGCCUAAAGGCUGAAACAUCACCGCACACUGGCGUGUGGAUAGGAAAUGACAAGAUAUGCGCUAUCGGUAUUAGAGCUAGUCGCUACAUUUCCACUCAUGGAUUGGCGUUGAAUUGUUCAACUGAUUUGUCCUGGUUCAACCAUAUUACACCAUGCGGGAUUGAUGGAAAAGGUGUCACCAGUAUUUCCAAAGAAGUCGGUAGGAUUGUCACUAUCGAUGAUGCCAUUCCAAAGUUCGUUGACAGUUUUAGUAACAUUUUCAAUUGUAGAGUUAUUAGUUUCUCCAAUGAUGAUACAAAAAAGAUUUUAGAAGAUAUGGCAGUAGAAAAAAUUGGUUACAAAGAUGACAAGAAAAGUUACGUAAUUUGAUAUGAUUUAGGUAGUAAGAUUCCACUGCUAGAAUGUUCAGUGUGAUCCAAAGAAUUAUCACCCUUCCAAGAAUUGGUUCAACCAUUUCAUUGUGCAAGACCUAGGAAAAUAGAAUGGGAGUAUUUUUGCCAAAACUAUUUAACCAAUAGUGAAAUUUAUUUAUUAUAGAUGCUGUAUGUUGGUAUUCAUUAUAUAUUUUAUAUAUUUAUGUUAUCUCGA